AGUCCCUAACAACGGGCUAGGGAGGUGGCUGCGCAUGCGCAGGUGGUUGCCGCCUCUGUGUGGCCCUAGUAGCGGGCGGCUGCGUGAGAGGAGACGGAGCAGCAUGGAGCAGGAUGAGGAGGGGACGGAGCGGCCGGGUCAGGCUCCUCCUAUUGCUACAACACCGCCACGUCCUGGAUGGAAGGAGGAGUUGUUAAGCCAAAGCAGCAGUGGGACACAGAUUUCAACUGCCAGCGGGAUCUCCUUGGGAGAAGCAAUCCGACAGAGAUCUGCCAUUAAUCAGGGAAUGGAGUCAUGGUAUCAACUUCCAGCAGAAAUGGAUGUCAGCCAUCUAGCAGCAACAUCAGGGAUGAGGCUGGGCCUGACUGAUGGUGGAAAUGACUUGACAGAGUUCCCUACUCUGGAGGAAGGCUUGUUGACUCCGACAGAAGAGCUUGGAAGGCGGCAUACAGGCAACAUGGCACACACUCCGCUAUUGGAAAUUCAGGAUAGUCGCUUCUCUCCCUGUCUCCCACUACUGAUGACAUAUUCAGCGCAAGGUCAGAAGUUUUUGGACGAUACCCUAUUUCAGCAAACUGAGCUCGGUUUUGCUCCUCUAAGAGGAACCCCUGAUGUUUCUGAUACUUCUGAGCAGCAUGCAAAACCUUUGCAGAUCAGUGAAGCUGUGCAGUUGGCAGACACUGAGAUACCUUCAGACUUAGUCAGUGGCUGCUUCACCCUGUCUGAGCACCCACUUACAGUCAGCACUGUAGAACCUUGUGAUGUCAGCUGCACCAGCUAUCUGUCUCAGCACCCCAUGUGUCUUUCUGGACAGAUACCUGUGGAGAGGAAGGAGAAGGCUGAAGAUCAAAAUUAUAAACUUGAUAUUAACAAUAAGUCUUUCAUCCCUAAUAAAGAUGAAAAUGUAACAGACCCAAAUAGAAAAAUGCUGCUAAACAAGCCAGAAACACUACAGCAUCUAGAAGUAUUUACUACAAAGGAAGCUACUAGUGGUUUUGUAAAUAAUGAUCCCUUCUUUUUAGACAGCAAUGUGCCAGCUCCUCUCCUCCUUGAGCUUCUGGAAAAAGAAAUAGGAUUAUCGAGCCAUGGUGGGUUCUCAUCUUCAGAAAGCUCUUCAUGCAAGAGCAUAUCAGCUAGGGACCCAGGGAAAAAUGAAACAAUGCAGCGAGUAGGAAAUGUUGAACUUUCUGACAGGGAGUCAGAAAUGUUUGUAAGAGAAUCACAUCAGAAGCUGGAAGAAGAAAAGUAUGUUCCUGAGCUUGGCUCCUCCAAGAUGUUUUCUAAUGUUUCAAGGAGAGAACCUUUUAAAAAUUCCAAUGCCCCAGAUGUGUUUUCUGCAAACCCUUCAGAAAUGUUUAUGUUGUCCGAGGGACAUAGUUCAGAUUUGAAUGGCUCUGGCAGAUCGUGGUUCUCUGGUGUUACCAUGGAGCCCCAGGGAGCCAUUCUAGAUGAGCAGCAAAAACAACUGUUUUCUAAAAUGUCUGGGAAACAGAAAGAGGAGCCUCUCUCUGCUAUGUCCAAAACUAGUGUCAAGGACAGCGCAUCUGACCAGCCAGUCACAGCUAGUGUAGAAUCUGGUGGAACAUACAGUGAGAAAAAUACUGUUGUGGAAAUCCCGUCUGGAGUUAACAGAAGUGAAUUAACUCUUUCAGACUUCACCAUAGAAAGGGCACAUAAAAAUACAGGCAUUUCACCUUUAUUUAAUCUUCCUGUAGACGAUGGUUCAUUCUUUGGACAAUUAGCUCAACCAAUCUAUCAGUCCACCCCAGGGAUAUUUGUAAGCAGAAGUGAGAAGCAGGAAGUACCUGGUAAGCCCCUUCCUAUCAAAUCAAACCUUCAGGCUUCUCUUACUUGUUUAAAUGAAGAAACUUCUAGGAACUCAUUUACAAAUACACUUGUUUCUUCUGCUGAGAAGCAUCAUGCCUCCAAGAGUGGACAGGAAAUUAGCAGUGAAAGUUGUGAGUCUUUAAGAACAAUGAAUCCUCGUGCUGGAAGAAUCCAGUCUCUUCCUACCCUUAAUUUCAUGGAAAAGGUAGGAGCUUGGAAUGUGAACCAGCCGAUGGAGAAGAUACCUGAUACUUUGGCUUUAUGUGGCUUGAAUGGAGUUUCUCCAAGGAAGAAAGCCUACAGUGCAAUUGCUGAUUCCUUAAACCGUAUUUUAUCAAAGCAGAGCAGCAGGAAUGGUAACCUCAAGAGCAGUUUAGCUGCAACCUUUGGAGGGACAGGCUCAAUGACCAGUUUGCAUUCCUGUGAUAAAAAGUCAGCACAUGCUUCACCACUUACCAGGUCUCAGUCUGACAAUUCAGUACAUAUAAUCAGCAGAGAGGCUUCACAGAUAAAAGUUGUUCAGGCAACAAACCCAGAUGAGGUUGUUCAGCCCACGGAAGAAAAGAGCAGAGUUUCUGGAAUGCCUGAAAUUAGAAAAAGUGGUGCUCAGUUAGAAGACUCCACGACCGCACAGUUUACAGCUGUUCUUGUCACUACUGGGUCCAGUGGUGGUGGUGGUGAUGACGACAAUAAUAGCAUAGGACAAAAUUCAGAUCAAAAUGUCUUCGUUUCCAGUGAAAGGGUUGCUCAACUUCUCAGAGAGGAGGAAUGCUAUCCAAGUGAUGGGCAAGAGAAACACAAUGGUCUUGAAAAUAAUACCAGACAGUCACAUGAUCCAGAACUCUCUACUAGCCAGAUCAGUAUGGAUCAUUUCAAUGACAUUUCUCCAGAUAGCUUAAACCUCCUGGCUAGUUCACAGGCAAGUAGCCAUGUUGACUUGACCGCUGCAAGCUCCUCUUUAGUAGUUGCUAGGGAUUUUUUCACCAGUUUAGAUGAGGAUAAUGUCAUUCCUUUCUGGGCUCCUACUUUGAAAACUCCAGAUAAAAAAGAGAUAAAUAUUGAAGAAAGAAUACCGAUGUAUCUUCGUAAUCUUGGAAUCGAUCAGUCACCUUCAGCUGUACUGACUCCAUUUGCACCCAGAGGACCAAUCAGAGAGGUUGAAUUUUCCCCAUCAGAGCUCAGAACAUUGAAGGAAUCAACUGACACCUUAACAAAGCAUGUCCAGCUAUCUGAAGGUUCUCUCUCUGCAAUUGACAUUACGCAGAUAAGCUUUAAUUCUGAUGGUUCCACACUCAGCAUGUCUAUACCAAUGGGUUCAGAUGCUGGCCCUGAUACUCCAUUAUCCACCAAGCUCUCACCUCAGCUCUCAAGAUCUUCCAAAGACAGACCAAUGAGUCAAUGCAGUAUUGCCUACCAACAGCUGGAGCUACCUGCCCCACAUCCGACCAAAGGCAGCUCAGAAUCUUCAGCUGUCUCAAAAUCUAUUGAACUGAGCCAGAUGCUCCAUGCAGUUCCAGCUGGCUCUGACUUUGAAGAGGGUAACACACUUGUUUCAAAACAUGUUCAAAAGCUGAUAGAUAAAUUUGAGUCUAGGGAUAUCGGCGUCAGCCUAGAGAAGUUGUCCGCUAGUCCUUUGGCUGGAGAUGCAGAUGUAAUAGAUGUCAGUGGAGAACCACUGUCUUCAAAUGUAGAUGCCUCUGUUAAUUAUUUAAACAAGGAUCAAGGAAAUGAUUCCUUCAUUGGAUCCAACACAUUGAAAGAGAUCCAGAAGCUUUUAGCAGAGGCAGAAAAUAUAGCACUGACUCAGUUUGACCCUGUCCCUUCCAUUGCCCCUUUCCAAGAAGUCAGCCACUCUUUGUCAGUGCCAGUUGAAAAAGAUGGUUCUGAAGAUUCCAGAUUAGUAAAGGACAUCAGUCCAGCACUUCAGAGAAUAUUAUCAUGGGAUGAGUCCUUGACCAGAAGAAGCAUGCAAGAAGAUAGUUCACUAAUGAAGACCAUGAAUUCCCGCAGGCACAGUUUAAAAUGGGAAAGUUCUCUUGCUAUUGAUUUAUCCACUAAGGAAGAAAUUGUGGAGACGACUAGACCAACACAGCAGGGAGCUAUGGAAGUGUGUGGGGUAGCAAAAUCCAUAGGGAGGUCAGAACCAGAGGGUUGCAGUAGUGCAAUAGUAGAUAAAAACCUGCCUGCUCUCAUGGCUAUUACAAAGAGUAAUACAAGUAGUGAAUCAAGCAUUGAAAAGGUUUUAGAAUUGCAGAAUCCUUCUGCCACGGAGCCCUUAGGCAGCAUCACCAGUGACCUUGGGGAUUUUCAGCAUGCCUUGACUAAAACUAAAUCUAGUGUGGCUGGCAGCAAAGAGGGAGAUGGCAAUCGAGAGAGCGAUGACAGUAGCAGUGUAGAUUCACUGGCUGCCCGUGUCAAAAGUCUUCUGAAAAAUGAAUCCCCUGUGCUACAUGCAACACAAAUUCUAAAAAGUGCAGAGGAAGAGGAGAGAAAAGCUCGUGCAUGGGUGAAGCUGAAGCUGACUAGCCAGUCUCAGGGUUCUGUGCCAGAUCUGAAUGAAGAGGACAGGCAGAGAAUAGACGAGAUCAAGAUGGAGCUGCUUCUGAGCGCCAGGAAAUCUGUGUUAGCCAAGGAUCCACGAGGAAACAAUUCAGAGACUACAUUGAGUCACAGCCAUAGUCAGAGGCAGAACACAGGACACUUCAAAUCCCCAGUUGGCAAACAGUUGCAAAUUGACAGUCAGACACAAGAUUUCAAACUUAAUGAGUUUCUAGAGUCAAACACAAGACAGGUCACACCAAUAUAUGGAAGUGACCCUGCUGAUUAUUCACCACUAGAUGAUGAACAGUUUAAAGUUUUGAAUACUAUCCAAAAACAUACCCACCAUCAACUGCAGAUGCUCAGAGCCAAUUCCUCUGAUGCUAGCAUUGAGCUGCACACACCCUUGUGUAAAAAUAUGGACAAAUGUUCAAUGGGAUUGGUGGAUGCCUCCAGUGCACCAACAGAAGAGGACGUGAUUCUUUCAUCUCAGAAGAAGCUGUCUACAGAAAAACCUUCUGUAGAAGUUGCCAAGCAGAUUACUUCCAUCACUUUUGCAUCCCGUAAACUUUCCCAGUCUCCGGUAGCUUCUACUGUCCUUAGUGCCAGUCUCAGUGAAGAUACUCUUCAUGGUAUAAUGCCUUUUGAAAUUGCAUCUGUUAGUGCUAAAGAGCAGAGACCUGGCAAGCAACAAGUGGAAAGUCCUAAAUCAUGUCCUUCAUCAAGCCCAACAGCCACUCAUUCACUUGAUAAUGAUUUUAAAUUUAGUGCAGAUAAAGACAGGUUUCAGCAUAUGCCCAUUGCUGUUAGCAAACUUGGAACUUCUCAAGAAAAAGACAUUUUUUCAGGUCAAGGUUCUAAAACCACAUACACUGACCAAGGACUUACUCUAGUUGCAGAUAGUGUUGAGGAAGCUGAAUCUUCCACUUGUAAUCUGCUUGGGUUGGGCAGACAUAGUGCCAGAUUUUCUGGGGUUGAUCAUGAUAUGAAAUCUGAUCAAGAAGUAAAUACGUGUUAUCAGCCUCUUUUCGUGUGUCCUCAUCAGCAAGGAAAGAUGAAUCUGUACAGCCAGGUUCCAUUUGCAGAUAGCUCAGAAGGUCCAGUUCAUAGCCUACAAACCCUUUUGCUUAAAGACCAUGAUAAUUUGUUGGAAAAGGAGGAUAAACUGUCUUCUGAUAUGUUCUCUGUCAGCCAGACAGAUGUUGAGACCGGACAUGCCAAUGUGGUACAUUGUUCCUCCCCAGAUAAAACUUUAACCGCCAUGCCUGAAUCUCCUUCAUCUCCAACCAGGAAAGCACUGUCUUGUGUCCACAUAACUCUCUCCCCAAAACGCAAUACUUCAGAACCGUUCAGUAUAUUGGACACUGAAGCUGAAACAAGAUCUAAUGACAGACUUAAGAAUGAUGCUCAACAAAUGCUUUCAAGCUCUCCCCCGAAAAUUUUGUUAGAAUCUGCCUCUAAAUUAUUAACUACUAAAUCUGUCCCAAAGGAUCAAGAUUCUUCAUACUUCCUAAAACCUUUAUCUUCACAAGAUUUAAGAUUUAUGCCUCUGGAAAGUAGCCAGAGGGUAGCAUUCUCAAGGCAGGCUCACACCAAAGUUUUGGAUUCAUGUGGACAUAAUCUGCAGGCUAAUUUCAAGACCACAGUUUCUGCACAAACUGGAAAGGCAACAUCUGAUGCCAUAACUCAGAUAACAACAGAAAGUCCUGAAAAGACAACAUUUUCAGCAGAGAUAUAUGUUAGUACUGAAGAUGGUGAAACCAGUACCUUUGGGUCCUCUCACCAGAGGGCAUGUGAAAUUGCUAACCUAGCUACUUCAUCUCUGAACCACGUUUUGCCUUCCCACAGGCCAGCUGAUCAGCCUCUGUUGCUGCCGUAUAAGCCUUCUGGAAGUUCUGAGAUGUACUAUGUUCCCCAUCCAAUGAAAGGACCCAAAAUAUCUCCUGUCAGGUCAGAGACCACUAUUGAGAGCUCUCACUCAGGAUCAAAUGAUGCUGUUCCUCCAAAUUUUCCAGCAAAGGUACUUGGCUCUAUGGAUGAGAAUCCUCUAGACACUGUAGCUAUUAAACAUAAAGAGGGUAUCUACAGUAAGAGCUCUGAGCCUAAGGUGGCGUGGGCAAAAGAAAAAAAGACACCACAGGAAGCUACUACAGAGUCUGUGAAUCAUUUGGAAUCUGUAAAAACAACUCAUUCAGUUUUCAAGUCAGCCCAGUUUUACCUUCACCACCCAGUGCCCCUGCAACAUGAGAGUUACUUCCUCUCUAAUGAUGAGCCUUCAGAUGAGUGCACUGAUAUUGGACACACUAGACCUUCUUCAAGAGAUUUCUUUCAAAACUGGAGAGCUACAAAGAAAGAUAAACACUCCUUCUCUGUUUACCCUCAAAUGCGUGAGGAGGAUGAAUUCUCCCCACUAACUGCAGAAGUGGAUUAUAGCAAGGUGGAGGACUUGAGAUUUAACACAUCUUUGGGGAAUGAAGCUUCAGGGAAAGAGCUUGUACAAGAGGACCAAAAGAAGGUCAGAGAUUAUCUGCUAUCAAGCAGCCAAAGGCCUGAUUUAGUCAGGAGACAGAAGAUGGAUCUGCCACUAAAACAGAGUACCUACUCUACUGGCAGUUUGGAUGAGCUUUGGACUACGUUUUUAGAGCGUCAGAAGAAGCACCACCUCCAUAAUCUUAAGAGCAGCAAUGAGCUGUCCCUAGUGGAACGCCUUGAUCGACUGGCCAGAGUCCUCCAGAAUCCAGUUAGGCAUUCACUAAUGCCUACAGAGCAUGGCAAGAGCAAUGUUGGAGAGAAAAUUAGGGGAAGAGAGCAGAAGAAAAUAAGACAUCAGGACAAGAAGGUAUAUGAAAGUAACCUAGAGUCUUAUAGAAAUGUAUUGAAUGCUGAAGAAAGAUCAGAUACCAGUUAUGAUGAAAAAAGACGAGCUGAGUCUAGACAACAAAGGGCAGGAGAGAGAACUAUCAAUCGCAUGAAGAGAUUUUUGAAACAGAAAUAUUUAGAUCCCCUGAGUGACACCUCUUUAGUAGGCAUGGUAGAAUCUACCACCUCUGAAUCAGACACCGUGACCCAAACAGAGAUGGAAACAACUUCUCAGACUGAGGUGAGCAGUUCCAUUUCCACCAUUGACACUGCCAGGCUGAUCAGGGCUUUUGGGCAUGAAAGAGUGCGCUUGUCACCAAGACUGUCCGAACUGUAUUGCACCAUCAGUCUGCAGAAAAGUUGCUCUGAAAAGUGGGACAAGGGAAGAAGUAAAGUAGUGGGCUUGAAAUAUCCUAAAAUGACUUUUGCUGAGCGACACAGAAAAAGAAAAGAUACCCAGAUGGCAGACUCUGUUAUUUCAUCAGAUUCUGUUGCUACAGUCAACAGUUCCUGGGGACCAAGUUCUGCCCUCAGUAACAAGCGACACACACGGAUGUUAAACAAGGGCAUCCAAGCAGGAGAUUUGGAGAUUGUGAACAGUGCAACUAAGAAAAAUACUCGGGAUGUUGGUAUGACUUUCCCCACCCCAAGAUAUAGCCAAGUGAGGCCACAGAAACCCUCAAGUUGUGCCGAUGGUGGUUUUGGGCAGUUGGAUGGUGUGUGUUCAGAUUUUCGAAACCCAGCAGGCAAGGGGAAACAGGAGGGACAGCCAGGCAAUUUUCUCAUGGACAAAAAGACAGGAAGCAACAGGCCACAGCUACCACAAGGAAUUUCCUGGUUUGUUCCUGCUGAUGAUUUAAAGUCCGACUCUAGGAAGGAGAACAAAUCUAGCUCCUUUUCUGGUCCAGGUCCAUCCUGGUUUGAGCCACUUACCAACACAAAGCCAUGGAGAGAGCCGCUCCGAGAAAGGAACUGGAAAGAGCAGCAAGGCAGCAUCAUGAUUCAGCCAGUAGUAGUCCCAGUAAGAGAUGCUGAGAACAAGCCCCCAAGACCAUUUGUGAAAAUGACGCUGCAGGAGGCUCUUGCAUUGCACCGCCCUGAUUUCAUCUUCCGCUCUGGGGAGCGUGUGAAGCGCCUGAAGCUCAUCAUGGAAGAAAGGAAGAUACAGAGUGUGUUGCAGAGCGAGCGAGAGGAGCUGUUCAAUCCCCCUGAGAAGAAGGGUUAUAAGAAUGCUAAUUACCUGCUCUAUAACAGAGACUACCUGCUUAAACAGAAGAGAAGGACAAUUCUAAAGAGUGAAAUGGUUCAGAGAUCAAAACGAGGUAAUGCUGCUAGUGAAGUUUUUAGAAAGGUUGAGCUUCUGGGAGCAGCCACAGACAGAGUAGGAAAACAGGGACAAAAGAGAAGAAUCUAUGAACAGCUGCCUGAGGUGCAGAAGAGGCGAGAGGAAGAGAAAAGAAAAUCUGAAUAUACGUCAUACCGGCUGAAAGCACAGCUUUACAAAACGAAAAUCACCAAUCACAUCUUAGGGAGAAAAGUACCUUGGAACUGAUCGGAAAAACAGUCUUCUGUUUCAGUAAGGUGUAUUGCAUGUAGUGAGUUUCCAGCAUCUUUCCUAUGUACAUCAAUUUAUGAUGUGAGAAUAGAAUACACAGUAAAUAUUCCAAUGUGCAGAGUAUGUUUGGUGUAAUUCAAUAAUGUCGUAUUCCCUUCACAUACUGAAAGUCUGGAUGUAUUUAUAAUUAAGGAUCAAUGAUUUUAUGUGGAUGGUAGAUUUUUACAUUUUUUUAAAAAUAAAUGACUGGUUUCAGUAGCAUUUUUAUGCCCUUCCCAGAUUAAUUUAGUUUUGUAGUAUUUAUAAAUUCUUAAGAAUCCAUGAUCUCAUGUGGACAGCAGAUUUUAAAUAUUUAUUUUUAAUAACUAUUUUAACAAUGAUUUUUUAAAUUUUUAUUUCAUAGUUCACUGUUUGUAAUUAUUUUGUACUGCUGAAAAAAUUAAACAGCUUCAGAUUGAUU